UGCAGCAGCGCGAACAAAGGCGAGGGGCGCCCGGGGGCCCGGCUCGGCUGCGCCAGGCUUCAGCGCCCGGAUCCUUUCGGCUCCGAGGCCGCUUUUCGGCCUGACUCCCAUUUCUGGCGGGGGCUCCUAAGGGAAGUGUCAAGCGGGGCGCACGGCAGAUGGGGGCUCCGGCGGGAGCGGGGCUGAGACAGCGGCCCAGCCUGCCGAUGGCUCACGAGGGAGCGGCGGCCUGGGAAGGUUAGCCAGGCGAUCGCCUCGAAGGCGGCUCCGUGCACGACACGAGGGUGGGAUCCACGGGGUUCGGCCUUCCGAGCCGCGGUGGCACCCUGGAGAAGAGCCCGGAGAGUUUCUCUGUCUCGGCACAGAGACUCUGCGUGCGUUGAGCCCGGCACUGGGGCUUCCAGAGUGGCGUCCAGGCGGGCCUGGGCCCCGAUCGGAACCUCUCGGAUUGUGCCCAGUACUUGCUCCAUAUAUGGCCAGGGGUGGCCGGCUCUUCAGGUCCCUCCGUUAUUCUUCACUGCCUUAAGCGCCGCAGGCUGUGCCCUUUCCGCCUGCCGGCCGUCAUGAACUGCCUCCAGGCCUCCCAGGACAGCCUGGCGGGGAACGUCUGCGCCAUCGAGGGGCUCCCACCGCUGCCCAAAGGGCUCAGCGGGAUCCUCAACUCCAGCGGGGGCUCCUGGCGGGAGAUCGAGAAGGUGUACAGCAAGAAGACGCGCAUCCAGGACGACCUGAGCAAGUCCCAGGCCUCGUCGGAGAAACUGCUGCUGCGGAGUAAACCGGCCAACCUCGACUCAGCCCUGGCUGUGCUGCGCAAGGAGAUGGUGGGGCUCCGGCAACUGGACAUGUCCCUUUUGUGUCAGCUGUGGUCCUUGUAUGAAUCCAUUCAAGAGUACAAAGGUCUUUUUCAGGACAUGUCAUCCUCACUUCACUCAGAAGGCAGCCUGGCUGCUGAAAACGGCUUCUCUGAUGAGGAGGAAGAUUUCGAGGUGGAUCAGGCUAGCCCAGAUGGGCAUAAGGAGAAUGCCUUGGGUCAGCGACUCCGUCUCCUCCAGCCCCAGAACUCUCGAGAUCAGUGGUUGCAGGACUCCUUCCAUAUCACCAUCUGAGGUGGCCUCUACCACAAAAUUGCCUUUCCCUGUAAUGUGGGAGAAACUCUAAUAAUACAUUAGGAAUUUUUUUUUUUUGCAGGGGAGAGGAAUGUGGCACAUUAGUACAGGCAGUUUGUGGCUGGUUUUGGAACCAUCCCCAGACAUGCUGUACAACUGUAGGGUUUGCACUUAACCAGCAGUAGUUUAGUGUUUUAUUACCACUGGAAGAGCCAGUGGGAUUUCAUUGGUACUUCUUCCAUGAGAGAGACUUUUGUGUGUAGACAGUUCAGGAGUAGAGUGUGAUCUGUCCUCCAGGGCAUAGAUAACUGGCUACAGUGUCAAUAGGCUAGCUGGGGACAAGGAGACGUGAACAGCUAUAAAGGAGUCCUCACUAACAUUGCAUUGUGAGAACACUACCAGUCAGAGGUUCUUUGUCUUGUUAGAAACGUUUGUUGGGUGGGGAAAAAUAGCUGCAGAUGUGCCCUGUGUAUGCAUGAACCUCUCCCAGUAACUUGGAAAUGAAUAUAUUUGAGGAAACAAUUGUGGCUUGCCCAGCCAUGACACUGGCUCCCUGAUUGUUUAUGAGGAAUAGAUCUCACAUUGCUGGGCUCUGUCUUCUCACGGGUUGCUCUGAUUCCUGCAGGUCCUUCCACUGAUGUGAGUUUAGGCUCAGGCAACUCAGAAUCCCUUUCUACCAACCCUAACUAACCUGCUUCCUGAUUCUCCUCCAAUGUGUUCCCUCAGCUUUGGAGGAGCUGAGCUCAUUUCCCCUUUUCUUCUCUCCCAUCUGCUGGAAGCAUCCAAGAAUUGUAUAGCUGGAUAGGAAAUUGCUGUGCACGAAGCUUAUUUGCUAGAUUAUUCUAGGCAGAGUUAAGUUGGCUGGAUUAAUUAUUAGUGCCUCGGCCAUGUUACCCAAAAGUGGCCUCUUUUAAAAUAUUUAAUUAUAUGUGAACUUUUUUUAUUUUUUCAGGCCUUGAAAUAUGAGGUUUGGGACUGGGAGAGGGAAUCCCUACUUCUCCCUCUCCCUCCCAUUUGUAACUGGGUACAAACCUUAAAUGGCUAAUUUAAUAUAUUGGUUGUGAUGGGGCAUUUUGCCAGUGGGAAUCUAGGGAAUAAAAUG